AUGGCACCAGUUGAAUUCCCACCCCACAUCCAUCCGACGCUUGAGAUUGAAGACUUGGAGUCAUACUCGACGGACGAAGAAGAGGACACCAAUUACAAAUACUCGCGUGGAGACGAUUGCGGCCGUUUACUCGGUAAGUCGGACGAGGUUCUGGCAUUGUUGGCCCACUUGCCAUAUGUCCGAUGCUCCUGGGAAAACCCCGCCGAGAUUGCCCCCGGCAGCAACGUCGCCGACUGGCCAGUGCUCAUCACACGUCUCUCCCAGUCCCUGGGCCAGGGCCCUGACGCCUCCUUCGAGCAAGCCAGAUCAAUUCGCCUCGCCACUGAGGGUACAUUCUACCGUAUAUCGCCCCCCCAUGUUGUUGGCCUAAUCACUAGCCGCGACGAAGCGAUGGUGCUGGAUACGAAGCACGGUAUCAUCCAUUGGGAAGACUGUCCCGGCCUGAUUGACUCCGGAAGGCAUUCCCAGCCCAAUGUUGAUUGGUCCGACUUCGACGACGGGGUGCCCGAAGAAGAGGCAGAGUGGCGAUACGGCGCAAGCGCCUGGACCAUCCCCGACUUUUUUGAGGUCCUCAAGGAGCAAUUCAUAAACCUGCACUGGCUUCCCAUCAGUUUCUUCGCCUUACGGGCGUUUGCGGAUGGUGAUUACCCCGGCGAAGAAGGCAUGAUGGCCAUGCUUCGAGAGACCUAUCAGCAACAUGGUUGGCCCGACUUGGCCGUUUACCGCAAGUCGGACUGCCUCAAGGCUGUGAAGAAAACCAUGGCCGAAAGGUAUCCCGAAUCCGUUUGUUACCGAGGGGAGGGACCCUGA